AUGGCGGCCGAAAUCUACAAUGACACAAUUUCAGAUAGGACACAUCCUCUGAAAAUAUUCGAUGCGGCCAAGAGCAAGGAUAGGUUUCUGUAUGUCUCGGCCCCUAUGCUUGCUUUCCGUCAAACCGUUCAUGAAUAUGGAACCGACCUCUGCUGGACGCCAAUGAUCCUGUCCAAGGAGUUCAAUCGCAACAAGUUUGCUCGUGACAGUGAUCUGACGAUAUCGACCCGCGGGGUCCAACCUCCAACGAUAGUUCAGUUUGGCUCCAGCAGCGCCCUCGAGCUCGCCCGCUCAUCCUCACUCGCCGCCCCUUAUGUUAACGGCGUAGAUCUCAACUGCGGCUGCCCGCAGUCCUGGGCUUGUGCCGAGACGCUCGGUGCCGCACUCAUGGAGAAGCGCGAGCUUGUCCGUGAAAUGGUGGUCAGCACUCGCCAGCGCCUGGCCAGUGACGGAUGGCAUGUCGGUAAGGAGCGCGACAUAGACAGUCCCAAGGGGAGGAGCAUCAGCGUCAAGAUCCGUGUUCAUAAGGACCUGAGGCGGACCAUGGAUUUCAUCGACACAGUCAUCGGCAACCCCCAGGACAGAAACAUCGACUUCCUGACCAUCCACCCCCGUACCCGUCACACGGCCUCCAGCAUCCCUAUUAAUACCGAGUCCCUCGGCAUCCUCCUCGACAAGUACGGCGACACCCUCCCUAUCCUCCUCUCGGGCGACGUCUUUUCCAUGGCGACCCUGCCCCUGUCAACAGUCUCCAGAGCGGCAGCACAGCCCUCGGAGCCGAAGACGAUCAACGGCCACAACGGCUACACGGACUUCACUCCCAGCGGCACCAAGCUCGCGGGCCUCAUGUCUGCUCGCGGCAUCCUCGCCAACCCGGCCCUCUACGCCGGCCACGAGUCCUGCCCCUGGGAGGCCGUUGAGUCCUUCAUGCGCCACGUCGUCCGCGCCCCGAUGCCUGUGAAGCUGGUGCAGCACCACCUCCACGAGAUGUGCGGACCCGGUAUGGGCCCGGAUAAGCGCGCGCUACUCAACAGGCAAGAGCGAGCAGCACUUCUCGGGCUCGACAACAUGGUGGAUGUCAUUGAUUUCAUGGACGAUGCAAUCAACCGCAAGACAGGAAGGACGGAUGGGCUCCGCCGCGAGGCCGUAGCUAGCUCAACAGUUCCUGUGCGGUGA